AUGAUUCCAACCCUAGACCAUUCCCAGAUCAACAAAAGAGCUAAGUUACAAGCUCACAUCAUAAGUCAGUUCCAAAAGAGGUGGAAGUUCGAGUACCUGACGGGUCUUCGUGAAUACCAUAGGGCGACCGGCAACAACACACAGAGCAUUCGAGUAGGCGACGUGGUUCAAAUCCAAGAUGACUACCCGAGGAUACGCAGGCCAUCCCCACUACCUCAUCAUCCAGAUUAUGUCCCAUCUCUGUUCUAUUUCACACCCGAAAGAAAGAUCACACCACACCCCUUACAAAUAUUUGAGCGGAUGCAGAGGAGAUGUUGCUCAAGGCGGUCGCUAACUGAGGAGUUGGUGAAUGAAUCUACCCAAGCGACAGCCAGAGAUAAUCAUGAGGCAGCUAAUGCUCUACUCGACUUGGGCAGCGACUUGCCAAGUUUCAGCGAAAAAGGAAUGAACACAGAGCCAGAUCCUCUUCUACAGAGCUUUGAAGAAUUGCAACAGGAUUACAACAGACUACAGCAGGAGUACCAACAUCUAUUAGAUGAAAAUGCCAGGCUUAAACAGGAAAUAAGGGACAGCAAGUUCACAUACACAAACUUGAAGAGUAGUGAGAUAAGAGCAUACACAGGACUACCAUCAAUGGUUCUAGCACAGAGUGUUCGGUUCCUGAUCAAAUGGCCUUCCAAGGAGAAAAUUUUGAAGAACAUGCCAAAAUCAUUUCGGAAAAACUACAACAAGUGUCGAGUGAUUAUAGACUGUAGCGAGGUUUUCAUUCAAAGACCUUCCAACCUAGAUGCUCGAGCCAAGACAUGGUCCAACUAUAAACACCGUAAUACUCUGAAAUUCUUAGUUGGCAUUACGCCAUAUGGUGCCAUUAGUUUUCUGUCACCAUAUUGGGGUGGAAGAGUGUCGGACAAGGAAAUCACAGAAAAGACUGGUUUCCAUGAGCUGUUGGAACCUGGUGAUCUUGUCCUUGCGGACAGAGGCUUUCUGAUAGAAGAAGAGCUGGCGAUUCGUGGUGCCAAACUUGCUAUCCCACCCUUUGCAAGAGGAAAGAAACAGUUUUCCCAGAAAGAAGUUGAAACUGCGCGACAACUGUCCAGAGCAAGAAUACAUGUAGAACGGGCCAUAGGAAGGAUAAAGAACUUCAGAAUUUUACAACAAACAUUACCAAUCACUCUGGUCUAA